AUGAAGUCACAAUUGCUGGCCGCAGCCGUUCUAGCUGCCUUGCCAAAAGCUCUGGCCAUCACGCCGGAACUCAUGCUUGCGGCUAAUCGGUACGGCGCUGCGCAACCGAACCCGUCAGGUGAUUUCGCACUUUUCACGGUGUCCAAUUAUACAUUCGAGACCAAGGAACGCGUCUCCUGGUGGAAUAAGUUGGAUCUGAAGACGGGAAAGAUUUCCACGUGGUAUGACGGAUCCGACAUUUCGGAAGUCGUCUUCGUUGGACCCAAAGAUUCAAGCAUUCUUUAUAUCAAUGGGACCAAUGCGGAGGAGGACGGCGGUAUUAGCCUGUACUCGGCUGAUGCUAACAACCUCAAGAGCGCCAAGCUCAUCGCUUCACUGCCCGCUCCGUACUCCGGCCUCAAGGCUGCCCAGACGAAAUCAGGCGAUAUCAACUUCCUCGUAUAUACAAAGGCGUAUCCCAACGGCACAGCAUACAACGAAAACUUCGCAGAGACGCCUGCCAGCACGGCUAGGUUGUACAACUCGAUAUACGUUCGACACUGGGAUACUUGGCUAACGGCGGAGAAGAACGCCGUCUUUGGUGGUGUGCUGAAGCGUAGAAAGGGUUCCUACGUGCUUUCUGGCGAACUUACCAACUACGUCACGGGUAUAUGCAAUGUCACUUGUGCUGAAUCACCUUACGACCAGAGUGACCAGAGCGACUAUGAUAUUGCGCCUGAUGGUAGUGGCGUCGUCUUUCUAACUAAAGAUACGACUCUACCUCUUGCAAACUACACUGCCGACGUCAUCUACUACGUGCCCUUCCAUGGCUCUGCUAAAGAGGCUGUGCCGAUCCAGGCUCGUGGCAGCACCAAAUACCCAGAAGCUCAGGGAGCAACCACCACUCCUCGUUUCUCGCCCGAUGGAAAGAGGAUCGCGUAUCUCCAGAUGUAUGGUAUUUCAUACGAGUCAGAUCGCAGCAGUCUCUACGUUGCCAAUGUAAACACGAAGAAUUUUAAUGUCAAACGUCUCGCGGGUAACUGGGACCGUGCUCCUGACUCGCUUGCCUGGGCUCCAGAUUCCAAAACCAUACAUGUUGGGGCCCCUGAUCUUGGACGCGAACGUAUCUUCCCCAUCCCCCUAACCGCUGGUGAGGAUUAUAAGCCUACGAACAUUACAAACGAGGGUGUGCCAGCCGGUUUUUACACCUUGCCUAAUGGCAACCUUCUUGUUUCUGACUCCAAGAUCUGGACUAGUCGCGAUAUCUACACUGUCUCCCCCAAGGGCAAGGUUGUGAAGACGUACUUCCAAGCCAACAAAGUCGACCCAGGCCUCAAGGGUCUUGGACCUGAGGACGUUUCCGAGUUCUACUUCUCGACCAACACUACGGAGAUCGAUCUGCAAGCGUGGAUCAUCUACCCUGAAGGAUUUUCAAAGGAAAAGAAAUACCCACUGGCAUUCAUUUCGCAUGGAGGGCCCCAAGGUGCACAUUUCAACUCUUGGAGUACGCGGUGGAACUUCAAAACUUGGGCCGAUCAAGGCUAUGUGGUUAUCGCCCCAAACCCAACGGCCAGUUCCGGCUGGGGCCAGAACCUUACGGACUCUGUCCAGGGACGAUGGGGCUCGUACCCUUACUGGGACCUGGUCCACGCGUGGAAGUACGUCAACAGCACGCUCAAAUACGUCGAUACUUCUCGGGGUAUUGAAGCUGGUGCUUCCUUUGGAGGCUAUAUGACAAACUGGAUGCAAGGGCACGAGAUGGGUCGCUGGUUCAAGGCGCUCGUGACGCACGACGGCAGCACCUCGACGCUCAACCAGUAUGGAAGUGAAGAGCUCUGGUUCAUGAACCACGACUUCAGUGGCCCAUUCAACGAGACGGGUUUCGAGAAGGGCUCGCCGUACUAUGAGUGGAACCCGCUCCUUUACGUCAACGAGUGGGCAACGCCUCACUUCGUCGUGCACAACGAGCUCGACUACCGUCUCCCCGUGAGCGAGGGGAUACUGCUCUUCAAUCUUCUCCAGACCAAGGGAGUGCCAUCACGUCUACUCUCAUUCCCAGAUGAAAACCACUGGGUUCUGAAACAGGAGAACAGCUUGGUCUGGCACACAGAGAUCUUCAAGUGGAUCAACUACUACAGUGGUAUCAGCAAGGCUUCCUCGCCGUAUUAG